AUGCAAGGACUUCAAAUACGAACACCAGCAAAUGCUGGCAGCUACAAGAUCAUGACCGAAACAUCAAAGAAAGCAUCAGAAGAUCAAGAAAUGCUCACUCCUCCUUCUACACCUGCACGGGCAAAGACCACUGAGCAGUUUCCUUCUCGGCGAUCACUGGAUUCUUGUCAAUCUCGUGUCUCGGAACUUGACUUCACUCCUGACUUGUCACAAGCACAAUUGCUAGGCGAGGGCGUGUGGAGUAAGGUGUACAGUAUCCCAGCUGUUCCUCUAAGUCAAAGUCAUAACGGACGCCCAAUGACACCACCCUCAACACCACACAAAACCACAUUCCUACCGCCUCAGCAGUAUGCAAUCAAGACAGCGACACGCUCUGAUGCAGCCGCCGUUUUCCAAGCCGAAGCAGAAAUUCUCACGCAUAUCCAGAACUACGAUUCAAGUUCUGAUUACGUGGUCCCAUUUGUCGGUGUCUGCACAGGUACAUCUUCGCCUUCUCUUCUCUUUCAACGCGCCGAUGCUGGAUCCUUGGAAUCUCUUCUCGAAUCAUCAUCAAAUCUUUCCCUCGAUUCGACCUUGGAUCUUUUCCUCCACAUUCUUCAACAAUUAACCCACGGCCUCUACUUCCUUCACAAUACAACAAAUACCAUCCACGCCGACAUCAAACCCGCAAACAUUCUCCUCUCCUCAACUUCCUGUCCUUCGACACCGACAGCACGCUAUGCAGACUUCAGCACAAGUUUUGUGGCCGACACAACACCAUCGUCGCAUUCAGGAGGCGGCACCUAUUCCUUCAUGGCUCCCGAGCAACUCUCCCGCGACCCUGAAGCGUCUACUCCCACAUAUGCUUCUGACGUUUACUCCGCGGGCAUCACCUUGCUUUCCUUCCUGUGUGGCGGUAACCCUUUUUCCUCCAUGCUCAACAAUGGCUUCCGUCUCAGAGAAGCGGUCAAGAUGGGCGAUGCGAUGAGUUGGGCUAUGCAAGAACCUGCGUUUGAAAACAGAGUUGAGCAAUUGCAAAAAGUCUGGGAGGAGAGAGGUGGUGAAGGCAAGAUCUUGGGUCUUGUGGCGCCUGCGUUGAGGAAGAAGAGGGAAGACAGAAUUGAGGCUGGCGCGUGGUGUCGGAAGGUUGAUGCCGCAAUUGCAAAGCUGAAUAAGGUCGAGUCUGUUGGGUUGGGUAUCAGAUGCUAG